UCAUAUCAAACAAUGGACGGAAAUACAAACAUUCUUCAUGGAACACUUGAAGUUACCAUCUUCCAUGCUACGCCUUAUUCCCCGCCAUUUCUACUUAAUUGCAUAAAUCCAACUGGAAAACCUGCAUAUGUUACCAUCAAGAUAGAUGAUAAAAAGGUUGCAUCAACUAGUCAAGAAAGUAGCAGAGUUUGGAACCAAACCUUACGCGUUCUUUGUGCUCAUUCAAUCAACUCAACAAUAACAAUCACCAUGAAGACAACAUGCUCCGUACUUGGGAAAAUCAACAUUCACGCCCAACAGCUGUUAGAAAAGGCAAGCCUGAUUGACGGAUUGUUUCCAGUCUGCAUGGAAAACGGAAAACCACAUCCAGAAAUUAAGAUUAGAUUCAUGUUAUGGUUCAAACCUGCAGAUAUUGAACCAAGUUGGAGAAAGAUAAUCGACAACAAUGAAUUCAACGGGUUAAGAGAGGCCACAUUUCAACAAAGGAAUAACUGCAGGGUUACAUUGUAUCAAGACUCCCAUCACCAUCUAGCAUUUCAGCCACCAUUUGAUAUUUGUGCCUCACCAAGAAAACUUUGGGAAGACAUUUUUGUAGCCAUCGAAGGUGCCAAACAUUUUAUUUAUAUUGCAGGAUGGUCUUUCAACCCAAAAAUGAUUCUGGUUCGGGAUUCUGAAACAGAAAUUCCACACGCAAAGGGAGUAAAGCUAGGUGAACUUUUGAAAAGGAAAGCAGAAGAAGGGGUACCAGUAAGGAUCAUGAUCUGGGAUGAUGAGACUUCAUUGCCAAUUAUAAGAAACAGAGGAGUGAUGGGAACGAAUGAUGAGAACACCUUUGCCUACUUCAAACACACAAAAGUGGUUUGCCGACUAUGCCCGAGAUUAAACCACAGCUUCCCUUCAAUAUUCACCCACCAUCAGAAAACUGUCACGGCAGACACCCGAGGAUGCUCAUCUUCAAGCAAACGGGAAAUAAUAAGUUUCAUUGGUGGCAUAGACUUAUGUGAUGGACGAUACGAUACAGAAGAACACUCGCUCUUUAGAACACUAAACACAGAAACACAAGCACAAGACUUCUACCAAACAAGUAUACCUGGAGCAAGCCUCCCAAAAGGCGGGCCAAGAGAGCCAUGGCAUGAUGCACAUGCGAGUGUAACAGGAGAAGCCGCUCGGGAUAUAAUGCACAAUUUUGAGCAGCGGUGGCUAAAGCAAUUUGAUCCUUCUCUCCUAGUUCCAGUUAACAGUAUAACUGAUCUUAAAAAUACAAGCACUCCAACGGAACGAGAUUGGAAUGUUCAAGUGUUUAGGUCAAUAGACAAUGUGUCAGUGAACCACAUGCAAAGUAAUUUUGUAGAACGAAGCAUACAUGAAGCGUAUGUAGAAGCAAUUAGGCAUGCUGAGAAAUUUAUAUACAUCGAGAAUCAAUACUUCAUUGGGGGUUGCCAUUUAUGGGAAAAAGAUCAACACUCAGGAUGCAGCAAUUUGAUACCAAUCGAGAUUGCACUUAAGGUAGCAAAUAAAAUCAAAGCAAAAGAGCGAUUUGCGGUGUAUAUUUUGAUACCUAUGUGGCCAGAAGGCGCUCCAGAAAGUGAAUCAGUACAGGAUAUACUGCAUUGGACACGGGAAACAAUGAAGAUGAUGUAUGGUUUGAUUGGAGAUGCAAUACGAGAUAGUGGUGAAAACUGGCAUCCAAAAGAUUACUUGAACUUCUUCUGCCUUGCUAAUAGGGAAGAAGAAAGGGAAGGAGAGUAUGUCCCCCCCUAUUCACCUCAGCAUGCAACACAAUACUGGAAUGCUCAAAAACAUAGGCGAUUCAUGGUUUAUGUACAUUCGAAACUCAUGAUAGUCGACGACACAUAUGUAUUAAUAGGAUCUGCAAACAUAAACCAGAGAUCCAUGGAUGGGCAACGAGACACUGAAAUAGCAAUCGGAUGCUACCAACCAAGAGAAGAGAGUAAAGAAACGCAUAGAAGAGACAUACAUGCAUAUCGUAUGUCAUUGUGGUAUGAACAUACUGGACGAGCUGAACAACUUUUUCAAGAUCCCGAAAGUUUGGAAUGUGUAGUGAUGAUGCGUCAACUCGGGGAGCUGAUGUGGAAGAUUUAUUCAGGUGAUGAGCUCAAAGACAUGGAAGGCGUCCAUUUAGUCAGUUACCCAGUGAGUGUAACACAGGAUGGUAACAUUGAGGACUAUGUGGAUGCUGGUGGCCUCUUUCCCGACACAAAAGCACAAGUAAAAGGGAAACGAUCUAAAGUUCUACCACCAAUAUUUACUACAUAGAGUAUAAGAUAAUCCAAUCGAUACUAGUCACACUUGAAUAAAUUCUGUACAUAGCAGCAAUUACUUUAUUUAAUUUUAA